GAGAUUACCUGACGCCGCCGGGACCAGGAGCAGAACCAGAGAGAAGAACCACAUGACCAGAGUCUUGCAACAGAGACCGAAAUCGCAGACACAUGAUGAAUAGGGAGAGCUGACGGAAGGAGCAGGGGCUGAGGAAAGCUGGGAAGAUGGAGCCUCCCUUCUUGUUUUCUAUUCUGACCCUCGUGGCUGCUGCCGUGUCAGGGCAAUUUCAUCUAAAAACUCAGGACACAAAACAAGUAGCAGAAGUCGGCUCAAAUACUUUCUUGCCGUGCACCUUGUCGUCUCCACAGGGUCUUUCCGAGUUGAAAGUGCACUGGUUUCGCUCUUUGUACCACUCAACAGUAUUCUUAAUGAGCAAUGGGAAAGAGGAAAAAGAGCGGCAGAGUUCUGAGUACAGUGGACGGACAGUUCUCCGAUCACAACCUGACACUGGAGACCUCACUCUGAUGUUGCGCAAUGUCAGCCUCUCUGAUACAGAUAUGUAUCACUGUUUGGUGGAAAACAUCAGCAGCGAAGCUUAUAAAGAAGUGGUCAUAGAACUCAUUGUCAUAGGCAUUGGCUCCAUCCCUGUCUUGGGGGUCUCUUUGCAAGAUAAUUCCAUUGGGAUCUCUUUCAUCACGUCAGACUGGUUCCCAAUUCCAGAAAUGCACUGGGAAGUGGAUGGCAACAAACUGGUCACAGGUCAGGAGAACAUUCACAACCAGAGCAAUGGUCUGUUCCAACUGCAGAGCAGAAUAGUACUCAAAAGCCCCAGUGAUAGACAUGUGUACGGUGCAGUGCGGCAUCCAGUGACCGGAAAAGAAGUUGGACUUUAUAUGGAAAUUGCAGCGGACAUGUUUCCUCGUCUCUCAUCGUGGGCCUAUGCUUUUAUCUUCAUCUUUCUGAUAUUGACAGCGGGAGUCAUAAUUACAAUUGUGCACAUUAAGAAGCAGCACAAACAAAAAGUGCACCUCCAACAGGCCAUAGAUGACCUCUCUUCUGAAGUAGCCUGGAGGCAAGCUGUUAUGACUCCAGAAUACAUUACAUUAUGUCCUGAGACGGCCCACCCUGAGCUGUCUGUUGCCCCCAGCCUUGCAACACUCAUGAAUGAACCACCAAUGGACCCACCACCUCCAACCAAUUCCCGGUUUGAAACUGAGCGUUGCUGCCUUGGCCUACCUGCCUUUUCCAGUGGCUGUCAUUACUGGGAAGUUGAAUUAGGGGAUUGUCUUGAAUGGGCUGUUGGAGUGGCCUCCCCCGAGGUCCAGAGAAAAGGACAUGCAUACAUGUUUCGUCCUCAGGAAAAUAUUUGGUGCAUUUCCCGUUUCAUGGAAGACUUUAGAGCUCUAGACAAUCAAGAAGCCCCUUUGCCUUUUGAACAGCCUGAGCGAGUUGGGGUCUACUUAAAUCUUUCUGGGCCCCGGCAGAUUACAUUUUAUGAUCCAACAAGUUGGGACAAACUCUAUACAUUCAAUAAUGUCGGACAUGGUAGAGGAAACGUCUUACCUUUUUUCUGGUUGGGCAGAAAUGGAAACAAAUUGAGGUUAAAGGGUAGAGACCAAUAAUCAGUUCACGGAUGUAAAUAUUUAAGGAGAGCGCCUCUUUGUGAAAUCAUGGAAUUUAAAGGAGUUGUUCUGCCUAGGAGCCAUCA